GUACGAAAACUGUAUAGAAACCGUGACAACCAUAUUUCGUAGAAAGAAACCUAGUCAUGGGUCGUGAUAAUUAUAAUGGUGGCUAAAUUGAACAUACUACACACUCUAGAAAGCGCCUACAGUUAACGCAAAGUGACGCAAGGCCAACUACUAAACGCCAAUCUAAAAUAAUUGACGUGAAUAUCAUGCUAGGCUUUUAGUGAAGGAUGUCGGGAUCAAGCAAAGAAUCAAGGAUUCAAGAAAUCACACUGGACUUGACAGGGGCUACGCAAAACACCAUGUCUAGUGGAGCGGAUGCACGGAAAUCAAGCUCUGAUUCUCCAGAGAAAAAAGGCGAUCGAACGUACAGGACCGGGAGAAUAAGCAGUGGCAAAACCCUAAAUAAAGGUGAUGAAAACGGGGAAACUAAGUCGUGCACUCCAUUGCACAAGAACGCUCGGUCGUAUACCAACGUCACAUUCCCUCGUGGAUUCUCACCUGAGCAGUGCCAUUUGCUCGCAUCUAGACAGCGAGCUGCGAACUACCUCUACUACAAUUUCACAGAAUACGGCGAUAGCAUAACUACCAGACUAUGGGAGCCUGGCAAAUCACAAACUCAUUGUAGCAACGCCUCGAGUAAGAAGAAACGGGUUCAACGGUCAACAAGCAGAAUGAGGAAUAGAGCUAGUAAGAUCAGCUCAGCGACUUGGAAAUCGAAAGAGGAAAUUGAGGAACAUUUGUCUCCUAGCAGCAAAACUAUAUCCCCAUGGUUACAACAAAGGCGAAAACCCCCGGAUGAUAAGAAACCUGUUUUGAUGGAAUGUAUAGCUACCAAGCGGGGGAGGCUCGAGUUAAGGUCUCGGUUCCCCCCACACCCACCUGUCUACCUGUUCAACAAGUACAUUUCUAGCUCGCCUAUUAAAGCGUGGGAACACGGUACUAAAGCUCCAGUUCUCGGCCGAGAGUCAAACCAAUCUCUGUAGAUCAUUGCAAUAAAGCCAGCAUCAUCAAUGAA